AAAGUGUGUGCACCAAAAUGGCAGCAGCCAUGGACUCAAUCAGUUGUUCAAUAUGUCUGGAUCUACUGAAGGAUCCAGUCACUAUUCCCUGUGGACACAGUUACUGUAUGGGCUGUAUUAAAGACUGCUGGGAUCAGGAUGAUCAGAAGGGUGUCCUGAUCAGCUGUCCCCAGUGCAGACAGACUUUCACCCAACGGCCUGUUCUAAACAGAAACACUAUGUUUGCUGAUUUGGUGGAGAAUCUGAAGAAGACAGGACCCCCAUCUACUCCCCCUGCUCACUAUUAUGCUGGACCUGGAGAUGUGGCGUGUGAUGUCUGCACUGAGAGAAAACUCAAAGCUGUCAAGUCCUGUCUGGUGUGUCUGGUCUCUUACUGUGAGUCUCACCUUCAGCCUCACUAUGAAUCUCCUGCCUUUAAGAAGCACACGCUGGUCAAAGCCUCCACGCAACUAGAGGAGAAGAUCUGCUCUCGUCAUGACAAACUACUGGAGAUGUACUGCCGUACUGAUCAGCAGUUUAUCUGUCUGCUGUGUGUGGUGGGUGAACAUAAAGGUCAUGAUACAGUCUCCGCUGAAUCAGAAAAGACUGAGAGACAGAGCCAGCUGGGGGAGGAACAGCAGAAAUUCAAACAGAGAAUCCAGAGGAGAGAGAAAGAGAUGCAGGGGGUGAUACGUGCUGUGAAGUCACUCAAGAACUCUCCAGAAGCAGCAGUGGAGGACAAUGAGAGAAUCUUUACUGAGCUGAUCCGCUCAAUUGAGAGAAGGUGUUCUGAGGUGAAGGAACAAAUCAGAGCCCAGGAGAAAGUUGAAGUGAGUCGAGCUGAAGGACUCCUGAAGCAACUGGAGCAGAUGGCUGAGCUGAGGAGGAGAGAAGCUGAGCUGGAGCAGCUCUCGCACACAGAGGACAACAUCACAUUCCUCCAGAGUUUCCUGUCUCUCUGUGUCUUUCCUGGAUCUGAGGCCUUACCCUGCAUCACUGUCAACCAGCACAUCUCAUUUGAGGAUGUUAAGAAAUCAGUCUCUGGGCUAAAAAGUCAAGUUGAAAAGAUCUGCUCUGGGGAAAUUGCCAAAAUCUCUGUAAACGUGACAAAAGUCCACAUUGUUACACCUUCUGAGCCCCAUUAUCCUCCGUCAUUUGGGAAGACUCAGUCCGGACUGUCAGUUGGAGGACUAGCAUCACGUAGGAAUGACAUCACCUGUCAGGAGACAAGGCCUGAACCCAAGACCAGAGAGGAGUUCUUAGAAUAUUCCUGUGAGCUCACAUUGGAUCCCACCACAGCCCAUACAAAUCUGUGUCUGUCUGAGGGGAACAGAAAGGUGACAUGUAGUAACAAGGUCCAGUCCUAUCCUGACCAUCCAGACAGAUUUACCACCGACUACCAGGUGUUGUGUAGAGAGGGUCUGUCUGGAGUCUGCUACUGGGAGGUAGAGUGGAGUGGGUGGGGGGUUAUUAUAGCUGUCUCAUAUAAAGGGAGAAGAAGAAGGAGAGGUUUUGAUGAGUGGUUUAUCAUCAGUAAUCAGGCCUGGUGUUUGAUGUGUAGUGUUUUUGGCUGCUCCUUCUUUCACAAUAGUAAACAGACUGACAUAUCUGUCCCCUGCUCCAGCAGAGUAGGAGUGUACCUGGACCACAGGGCAGGAACUCUGUCUUUCUACAGUGUCUCUGACACAAUGACCCUCCUCCACAGAGUCCAGACAACAUUCACUCAGCCCCUCUAUCCAGGUUUUUUUGUCUCUAGUGGAUCUGUAAAGAUACUGACACCAAUACAGUAAUGAACUUUGUUUAGAAUACCCCCCCCCAAAAAAAUGUACCUUUUAUUUAACUAGGCAAGUCAGUUAAGAACAAAUUCUUAUUUACAAUGACAGCCUAGGAACAGUGGGUUUACUGUCUUGUUCAGAGGCAGAAUGACAGAUUUUUACCUUGUCAGUUUGGGGAUUCGAUCUCGCAACCUUUUGGUUACUGGCCCAACGCUCUAACCACCAGGCUACCUGCCGCCAUAUAUAUAACAUCUUCAAUAAAGAUUUCAAAAUACCUGCAGCACAUAGUUAGAAACUAUUACCAAGUUUAAAUAAAUGUGUACAUGAAUGAUCCUUACUGUCUAGUCCUUUCUUUAAAAAUGAUUUCAUAUAAAACACCCUAGUUCUCCUAAAUGUGGACCAUAGACUCUGAGACUAGUUACGCAAGACAUAGUGGUAAAUUGACAUUUUGAUUCUGGUUUUGUUACUAAACAUACAUUACAAUAUAUUACUGUUGUAUAUUUACUAAUAUAGAUUUUUUUCUCACAAUUCUGUAUUUAAACAAGCAACAAUGAAUCUGAGCUGUAGAAUUAGGGCUCCUAGACACAUAGCGGCUGGUAACCUUAUGGUUUCGGUUACAGUCUCCUUGCAUGGGGCCAAUAUCUCAAGCCCAGAUUGUCAAAAAGUUAUACAAAUAUGCAUACAAGCAGAACACCAAUAGAGUAAUUUUAGGGCUAAUCCCUGAACUUAAUGGCCCAUAGGUGGCGCUAUAAUAAGCACUUAAAUUCAAAAGCUCAGCCCAGGCACAUUGUUUGACAUAUAGCAAUGCAAGUCUAUACUGUGUUUGUAAAAAGCUAAGAAUUUUGUCAAAAGAUGAAAGAAAAUGUCAAUUUUGUAAAAACUAAAGUAAAUGUUCCCACCCCACCCGAAACCCAAACUACUCAACUUCUCUGUUAUCCAUUCAAUUGAUACUGAUUGUGG